AUGGGGGACAAUCCGCUGGAAAGCAGCGACCCUGAAAAGGAUUUCGGGGCCAUAGUGGACGAGCUGCUCAGCAUGGAGCUCAUCGAGGAGCUUCCCGAUGACUCGUCACCCAGCGCCGUCCUCGCCCACUCCCUGGCUGCAGUGGGCUACCUCUGCACCAUGAAACCUGCCCUGGAGCCAGCCCUAGAGACCCACCUCUUGCGAGCUGCCCUUCACUCCGUCUUCACCCUGGGCACGGAGAAGGACACCACCGGCAUCCAGGCUCUGCACAAAGUCAUCCCAGAGGUCCUGGAUGCCAUGCUGGGGAACCUGCUGGCAGAGUCCCCAGACACAGACAGGCUCCACUUCAUCUUGGAGCAUGUCAACCUCUGGGUCGUGUCCAGGGUGUCGCAGGAGCGCGCCAGGGCUAUCAGGAGCAGCACAGCCCUGCUGAGAUACACAGUCACCCUCCCUGAGUUUGACAUCUCAGCCGAGUUCCCUCGGAUGGGUCACCAUGUGGCCCAGCUGGCUCUAUUUGUCAGCGAGCCAGACAAGGAAAUCAGCCUGACCAUACAUGAUGCGGAAGAUCUCUGGUGCUAUGACUGGCACCAGGACAGCAGGCUAUUGGGCUACAAGAACACAGCCAGAGUGGGGGAGCACGAGGAUGUCACAGCCAAGGUCAUGGGCCAGCUACACAUCAUCCGGCACUUGCACCAGGUGCCCGAGGUGCUGCAAGGGCUGUGGCUCAUCUGA